UCCCCCACUGUGCUCUUUUUUUUUUCUUUUUCUUCCCCAUUGCUAUCACUAUUCACUGUCCAGUCCCGUGAACACUAUGUUUCGUCAUCAUUCACCAAACCCCAUUCUUUUUUAUUUCCUUUUUUCACGCUGUAAUUGAAUUCUCUUUUUCAAAUUCUACAGAUUUUUUUGAGAUUAUUUACAGCCACAAAUUUGUAUAAAACGGUACCCACAAUGCACAUCAGAAAACCUGCAAAACCCACAAUAUUUAGAAAGUUUAAGCUUCUUUUCAUAUCAAUGGCUUCCUUUUUCACACUCACAGUCUUCUCCCUAAUUCUUUUCUUCUCAAUUUCCUCCGCUGCUCGUCAUCACUCGCCGGUUUCAUCCUCGGCGCCGUCAAUUGCACUUCAGAUCCAAGGGGCUUGCAAGGCAUCCCGGGACCCACCGAUAUGUGAGUCUGUAUUGACGGAUUCCGGCAACUUACCAUCUGAACUGACGACGCUGUUAAUCAUCCAAUCAGCCGUUAAAGUCUCGUCGCAGAACAACGACAAGGCGAAAGAGAUGGUGCAGGCAAUCAUAGAUGCGUCCUCAGGGACGAAUCAGAACCGUACGGACGCAGGGAAGGUGUGUAUGGAGGUGCUCGGGUAUGCCGAUUAUCGGGCCGGGUUAACGGGUCAGGCACUGACACAUGGCCAGAUCAAGGACGCUCGUGCAUGGAUGAGCUCCGUGAUGGUGUACCAAUACGACUGCUGGUCCGCUUUGAAGUACGUUAAUGGUACCUCACAGGUAUCCAAAACGAUGUCGUUUAUCAACUCCUUGAUCGGGUACAGCAGCAACGCAUUAGGGAUGCUGGUGAACUACGACGUUUACGGGAAGAAUACCGAGUCAUGGACCGUACCCAAGACAGAACGAGACGGGUUCUGGGAAGGUUCAGGCGGGUCAGGUCUGGUACAGGGUGGGGUACCUUCCGGAUUGAAACCCGAUGUGACUGUGUGUAAGGAAGGAGGAUGUGACUAUAAGACGGUGCAGGAGGCGGUGAAUGCUGCGCCGGAAAACCAGCAAUCCCGGAAGUUUGUGAUAUGGAUCAAAGCCGGGUUGUAUGAGGAGAAAGUUCGGGUGCCAUUGGAGAAGAAGAAUGUGAUAUUUUUGGGUGAUGGAAUGGGCAAAACUGUCAUUACGGGUUCGUUGAAUGUUGGUCUUUUGGGUGUCACAACUUAUGAGACUGCAACUGUUGGUGUUGUUGGUGAUGGAUUCAUGGCCAGUGGUAUCACCUUCCAAAACACAGCAGGUCCGGAUGCUCACCAAGCCGUAGCAUUCCGAUCCGAUAGUGAUCUUUCGAUUGUAGAGAACUGUGAAUUCAUUGGUAAUCAAGACACCCUGUACGCCCAUGCUUUGCGCCAAUACUAUAAGUCCUGCCGUAUCCAAGGCAAUGUAGAUUUCAUUUUUGGGAACUCAGCUUCUUUCUUCCAAGAAUGUGACAUCCUAGUCGCACCUCGACAACUCUCUCCUGAAAAGGGAGAGACGAAUGCUGUGGCUGCUCAUGGCAGGAUAGACCCUGCACAAUCGACUGGUUUCGUCUUCCAAAAUUGUUUGAUCAAUGGAACCGACAAAUAUAUGGCCUUGUACUACAAUAAGCCCAAGGUGCACAAAAAUUUUCUGGGAAGGCCAUGGAAGGAGUAUUCUCGGACCGUCUUUCUAGAUUGUACUUUAGAGGCUCUUAUUUCGGCUAAUGGAUGGUUGCCUUGGAGCGGUGAUUUCGCGUUGAAGACUCUUUACUACGGAGAAUAUAGAAAUACUGGUGCGGGAGCUAAUACAGCAGGACGAGUGUCAUGGAGUAGCCAAAUCCCUGCUGAACAUGUUAACUCAUACUCUAUACAAAAUUUCAUUCAAGGAGAUCAGUGGAUUUCUACUUCUUCUUGAUUAACUUAUAGUAAUGUUUAAUGUAUAUCUAGUAAGUCAAGCUCAAUAUCCUCAAAUGUGAUUGCUAAUCAUCAACCAUUUGUACCAAAUUGUGGGAAAAUUUUGAAACUUCUUACAAUGUGAGAUAUAUCUUACCAAAAGUUUCAUAUCA